GCAGAAGUUAAACCAAGAAAGCAGAAGAAAAAGAUAAAAUCUGGUCCAUCUGAAGAAAUUCCAUUAACUAAUUCGGUACAAACAGACCAGCGCAUUAGUGAUGUGCUACAACAGGUUGUUCAGCAAACAGCUAAUGAUGCAAAAGAGAAGAAGAAAAAGAAGAAAAAGGUGAAAAGUCCUGAAAAGGAAGCUGAAAUGCUGGAAUCGUUGCGAAAAGGUAAAGGCAUCGUUGGUCUGCACAAAGAUGAGGACGAGACACUUGUGGCCAACACGUACGAUCCAGAUAACAGUCCGAAGAAUGAGAAGAGCAACAAAAGAAGACAGAAAAUGAAGAAGGAAGAAAAGGAUGAAUCGGAAACAAAAGAGAUAGAAGACAAGACGGACAAAGUACAACUAAUAAAUGAAACACCUGUGAAAACUCCUCGGAAGAGGAAACCGAAGAAAGACAAAUCUCCGGAAGUUAAAGAACGCCAAGAGACUGUCAUUGAAAUGGAGGCAUUACUUUCAGACCAACAAGAAGAAAAAUCAUCAGAGGUGACAUCACCAAGAGAAAAACAAAAACAGAAGAAAAAGAAGAAGCCGAAAUCCCCGGUAGAUUCGGAUGAGACGAAAGUGGUGACGGUUGAUGCUGAUGUACAUGAGCAAGUGGAAGAAGACAAGCCAAAAGAUGAAGAGGAGCAGCCCCCUGAAGAAACGGAACCGAAGACUGUCGUUAAGAAAAAGAAACGGAAAAAGAAAAAAGAGGAAACUGUUGAAGAAGAGACCCCAGGACCACAAGAAAUUGAGGACGAUGGGCGAGUGUUGAGCAUUAUCAUCCACCGCACGGACAAGCUCAAGAACGACUUUAACAUCCUGCAUCCACUGGUGCGCGUCCACGUCGUCGACAUGAACACUGGCUACUACCUCGCCAAACAGCACAAGGAUAGACCGGUUACUUCUUACUAUGAAAUUCAAAAUGAGCAGUUGAUCCACAUUCUUCCUAUUAUGACCCAGCCAUUUGACUUCAAACUACACAGGUCUGUGUUGCCUGUGUGGGAGGAUCUGCUUGUUUUUAAUGAGAACUUCAACUACUUCGUGAGUGAAGAGUCAAACGUCAUUCUUUUCUUUGAGUUGUUGGAUUUUGUUAGCAUGAAUGCUGCAGCUCGAAAAUAUAACAAUGUGAAGAAUGAAGGUGGCUGGCAUCGCAUAGCCUGGGCUUUCUUGAAAGUUAGGGGAGCAAACAACAAGAUAAAUGUUGACAGCAAAGUUCGUCUUCAGUUGUAUCUACCACCAACGCGAUAUCGUGCCAAACCAGAUAUGACUGAACUCUUUCAGUGGUGGAGUGGUACUACAAGAGUUACCUACCCUUCCACUCUGUAUGUGACACUGAAGGGAAUCAAACCACCUGAAGAUAUAGAACCAGCGGGCCGCUCCAUGUAUGCAAUUCAGGAGGAAAAAGGUCGAAUGACGUUUGAAGAUUUGAAAAGUAUGCAUUGGGGAACGAGAACAAAAGACGACUCUAAGAGACCGAUGGCCUCAUGGACAAGACUUCUCGGUCAGAUGUGUCGCAUUCCAAACAGCGUGAUGAAGUCACUUCCAGCAGGCCGAAUGGGAUGCUAUGUUUUGAAGUUUUCACAUGAUGGAAGAAGUCUAGCUUGUGCAUGCCAGGACAAAGAAGGUUAUCCAAUAAAAAUAUAUGAGAUUCCUUCAUGCACAUUACGAGGAGAGUUUUCUGGUCAUUUUGGAAUCAUUUACGACCUCAGUUGGUCCAAGAAUAACACACACUUGUUGUCAGCUGCUUCCGAUGGCACAGCAAGAAUGUGGAAUGUUGAUGAUAUUGGUGAUAAGAGUGACAGACUGCUGCCCCACCCUGGCUUCGUGUACUGUGCCCAGUUCCACCCUCGAGUGAGCAGCAUCGUGGUGACCGGAGGCUAUGAUCAGGUGAUUCGAGUGUGGGACAUCUCAGGAGAGGACACUCACGGAUCGCUGAUGCAGGAGAUUGAGGACCACCAUGGCCACAUCAACUCGCUGUGUUUCGGCGACGAUGGCGACAAGAUGUAUUCCGCAGACAGCGUCGGCGUUCUGUGUAUAUGGAACGUCUUCGUCACUGAUCAAACAUCACGAAGAGCAUUUUUAAGAGACUGGACUUUGUAUCAAGAAAUAAAAGAUAUUGAAUUAAAGAAUAUUCCCAUCAACCACAUUGUCAUGCACCCGAGUGGGCGGCGACUUCUCUUGCACAGCCGAGAUAACAUGAUGCGCAUGCUCGACUUGAGGAUUCAAAAGGUUAUGCAGAAAUACAUUGGUGCUGUUAACUUUCGAGAAAAGAUUCGAAGUACUGUUACUCCAUGUGGGAGUUUUGUGUUUUCUGGCAGUGAGGAUAACUAUUGUUAUGUGUGGAAUACAGACACAGGUGACCAGGUGGCCAGAUAUUCCGACCUGAACUUCCAGCAGCCGGUGACAGACGUUGACUAUCACCCACGAGACCACAUCGUGGCAGUCUGUUCCCUGGGAGAGAACCAGCCAGUCUUACUGUACAACUACAACCCUCACAUUGCACAGCUGCAUGUUGGGAUAGCACCAGAUGAGAUUACUGAUGUACAGCCCAUCUCCAUGGAGGAAGUGCCUGGAAGACACAGUCCGGUGGAACAGCCGCCUUUGUCCAGCCGCUCGUACCAGCUGUCAAAAGAUGAAUUUGAAGCUCAAGAAUCUCUUCGAUAUCAGCAUGUGAUGCGCAAACUCGACACGGCAACAAUGCAGAUGACACAGGUGAGGGGCCCGGCUCCGAGUCCCACCUUUGGAAUGACUGCUGGUUCUACUCAGAUUCCUGGCAGUGUUUGGGGCUCCACAUUUGACCGUUCUUCUUCAUACCAGCUUACACCAAGAGCUGAUAAUGCUCUACCAAGCACCUUUUCACCACAUGCUCCACACAGCAUGUCAUCGAGACUGCAGCACGAACAGUACACAGCUCAGAACCUCUACCUCAAGUCUGGGGACUCCAACUGGAGACCUUCCUUCUCAGACGUUGGGAAGAGAGGCCCUGUUGUAAGCCCACGCCAAACGUACUAUGGUCGUCCACCGCAGAUGUCACUUAGUGCUUCCCUAGGAAAAGCUCAGUUCUCGUUCCAAUCAUCUGGUGGAAAACCUCUUCAUCAAAAGGUCGUGGCGAUGUACAACUACCGUGCCCAGCGUUCAGAUGAGCUGACGUUCUUCAAGGGUGACGCCAUCGUGGUGCUGUACAAGGACAAUGAGAACUGGUGGAUGGGAGAGCUGCAGCGCGAUGGUCAGCAGGGUUUCUUCCCAGCCACCUACGUCGUCGCCGAAGAUGUUCUAGAUGAUGGAGGUGAAUUAGUUGAUGUUUAUAGCAAGUCCAAAGAAAGAAGAAAAAAGAAAACAGUGUCAGCCUUCAAAUCCAAAGAUGGUGAUCUGAAAUUUUUCUCGGGCACAGAUGAAUCAGAAGAUGAAUUAUUAUCAAUAAGAAGACAUGCAAAGGCAGAGAGAGACUCCAAGGAUAGUCUUUUGAGUGACUCGGGGUCUGAAACGAGGACUAACAAAUCCAGACGCAAAGUUCGUCUGGGUGAAUCUAACGCUUGACGAGUCACUGACUCAGUCGGUUGACCUACCACUUCAAAGUCAAAAUGCAGCUUCCUUGGCGGACUUCCCUUAUCUGUGAUAUACACUGUGAUAUUUAUUUGGUCUUCACGGCCUUUGUUUUUAUAUACAAGAUGCGCAUAAACCGUCCUUUCUUAUUGCUCCUUAUAUUGGAAUCUCCAUGUUUCAACUACCAUGCGGAACAGAUCUGAGCUUAAGGCAAAACAAGGAGUGCAAGGAUUUCCCCACCUUUAGCUGUUGGCCAUACAUAUUUGUUUUAGUAUUGAUUAUUUGUGAGGGGAUGUGUCGGACGUGGUUUUAGGGUUUAUAAAAAAGCACCUGCAGAUGGGUCUAACUACUGUUGUGGUUGUAGUAAACUGUUUCCCACCUCUGGUCAUAUAUUUGUCAUAACUUUGAGUCAAAUCUGGCCCGGUGCUUAUAAAACUUUUAGACUCUAAGACUCGAGACUCUAAUAGAGUCUGAGACAGUAUCGUCAUGGCAAUGCCAUACAAAUUGUAUGUGUGUGACAUCAUUAGAGACUGAGUCUGGACUCUAAAAGUUUUAUAAGCAUGGGCUCUGGUGUAUAUAAUUUAAGUAAUCAAGUGUGAUAAAGCAUAAAUAACCAUUGUGUUACAAAUACAUGUAUUUAUUGCUAAAGGAAACAACACACCAUAGGAGAAUAGCCGAUUGACAAGACGAACAUUAUGAUUACAUCAGUUGCUAUGCAGUUGGUUAUUCUCAUAGGAGGCAGUCACAUUGUGUGGGAUUAGUCGGGACAUCCUAAUUUCAGUUUUCACAUAUAUCACAUAUAUGAUUAAUAACACAGGUGAUAAGGUUAAUAAUUUCCUUAUCGUGAUUAAUCAUCCAUAAUGAUGUCAUAUUCUGUUUAUAAUAGACAUCAAACCAUGAAUGUAAACUAUGAUGUUUUGUGAAAUUGGCUCUAAAUCUGUGAGCUACAUAAAAAAAUAUUGUUGUUUCUUAUACUUUCUAUCAUUAUGGAAUAAUGGCUAAUAACAGAGAAAUAACCAUGUGUAAGAGGUGUAUAUAUUUAACUUACUGUGCCUCUAUAGGAAAAUGCAGCUUAUUGUCUUACUGAUUUUUUCUGUAGGAUUGACAUCUUUUGUGAUUUCUCUUUUCCAGUGAGUUAAUACACCCAAAUUUUGUUUGUUGAUUUAAGGAAUUUUUUUCUUCUUCAUUUUAACAAAAUUAUGUAGUUGUUUCUUUGUAAACGAAGCAAGUAGAUAAUGACAGUUUUAUUGGCUAAUUAAUUUUGAGAGAAAUCAAAGUACAUUUUGGUAUGCAGUAUAGACUGUUGAAGUACAGUAACAGGCUUCUGAGAAUUGACAUUUUCUGUAAAUCAUUUUGACUACAUAAAAAAAUUAAGCAAAAGUGUUAGUCAAAGGACACACACAAUUUCAGAGGUCUGGAAUAACUUGUUUUCAUGACAGUCGACCAUUUUAACAGUUGUAAAUAUGCUAUAAAACUAAAUUACAUUUGAAUUUUUAUUAUGAUAUUGUUCAAACAAAGAAGUUAAAUGUGGAAUUGACUGAGUAGAUGUGGUGUGUAGUGGAUGUUUGUUGUAGCUAUGGGAAAUUUUUGGCAUGCUUCUAUCAGAAAACUCUUCAAGCAUGCCUGCUGUGGACACAACCUCUGACUUUGAUAGACAGUUCUGGCCAAGAUCGGGAAAGGGUAAGGGAGUGGUAGAAUGGCUAUUUAUAGAGCUAUUGUUUUACUUUUAUUGUUAUUUUUCUAAAAUAAAUGUAGGCUGUAUAUGUACGUGUCCAACCUUGCACACAAGUAUGUAAAUAACAAUUAUUUGGGUGGGAAAAUCCAGAAUGGUUUGAAGUACGUUGAGCCCUUUUAUGUUCUAUGUGCCUUGCCUUGUUGUAACCAAUUGUGCAUUAUGUCAUUCACCGACUGUGCAUUAUUUAAUUCACUGAAUGUGCAUUAUGUAAUUCACGAGUGUGCAUUAUGUAAUUCACUGAGUGUGUUAUGUAAUUCACCGAGUGUGCAUUAUGUCAUUCACUGAGUGCAUUAUGUAAUUCAUCGAGUGUGCAUUAUGUAAUUCACCCAGUUUGCAUUAUGUCAUUCACUGAGUGCAUUAUGUAAUUCACGAGUGUGCAUUAUGUAAUUCACGAGUGUGCAUUAUGUAAUUCACCGAGUGUGCAUUAUGUCAUUCACUGAGUGCAUUAUGUCAUUCAUCGAGUGUGCAUUAUGUAAUUCACCAAGUGUGUGUUAUGUAAUUUACCGAGUGUGCAUUACGUAAUUUACCGAGUGUGCAUUACGUAAUUCACUGAGUGUGCAUUAUGUAAUUCACCGAGUGUGUUGUGUAAUUCACCAUCAUCAUACUCUGAACUACCUUUCUUCACCGUGAAUAUUUAUGUAUUAUUUAUGUUUAACACACGAGAGCAUCAAGUAAGAGUGGAGGGUUUUGAGGUUGUUGUUUUUCGAAUAUUCUAAAUCAUGAAUAUCAAAAGCUUUUUAACAUUUUGGAUAUCAGAUAUAAUAGACACAUAAAAAUUAGCACAGAUACCUACCUUUCAGUUUGUAAUUGUACCGUAAUUAAACUAAUGUAGAUUGGGUUUGAUAUGAAAUUCUGAACAGUUACCAUACCCUAACUCAUUAUGGUGAGUUGAAAUUAUCUGUCUCUAGUAUUGGGUUUGAAACAUUAAUUCACUUGAGACAGAUAAUAAGAAAGACCUAAAAAAAAAAAAAAAAAAAAGAUGUGUGUUUCCGGUUUCCCAACCUACUCUAAUUUUAUGUAGCAACCCUGAAAUUUUUUGGAAGCAAAAAAAGUAAAUUAAAAUCUUUCUGCUUUUUAAAAAAAAUCAUGAUUCUAGAUUUUUUGCAAUAAGCAAACUUGAUUCGGAACACCUCGGCCAAUUACGGUUUCUCAGCUUGAUUCUAUUUUUAAAAAAAGAAGUAAAUUCUACCUCUAUACCAUAUAUUUUUCAAGGAUGAAAUCUGAAACACGCAUAUAUGUUUUUAGCCCUAAUACCUCAUGUGCUCGUUAGUUACUUUUUAAAGUAUUUUCUUUCUUGUACAUUAUACAUCUACAACUAUCAAGUAACUUAUUGUUUAUUAUUAUACUGUCUUCAUAAAUAUGAUUCUUUUCCUUUCUUAGAAUAUGACAUAAUAUUUAAUUUUUAUGUGUGUGAAAAUUACCUAUAUUUUUGGUAACAAGCAUCAGUAUGACAUUCGUGUUAAUACAAUAUGUUAUUUAGUACCUACUGGUGAUCACAUAACCCUAGGUAUGCAUAACACUUUCUUUAGAGCACCUGUUAUUUUUUGCACUUGUUAGAUAUCCGUCCAAAAUAUGUCUGCAUUUUGCAUAAAUAUAUUUAUUACUCAUUAGCUUACAUUGUACUCCUUACUUAUUUGUGUAGAGUUUUACUAACAGUGUGUCCUUUCAGAAGGUUAAAUAAAACCAUACCUUACAAAUACAUACAUCUUCCCAAAAUUAGAAGAUGAUUUAUUUUCAGUUGCACAAUUUCAGUAUUUUGGUUUGGGUUGUUGGAAUUUCUUUGGGCAGAAUGGUUUUGGGGGGGGGGGGUUAAAGUUUUUGCCUGAUUUGACCUUUGCUGCUAAAAUGUGUAAAUUAAAUUUAAAAUAUGGAAGAAAAUGUUUUGUUUUUAAGGUAGUCGGGCACAUGUGUAGAAAGAAUUUUUGAGGUCGAAAUCCACAUAUACACUGCUCCAAACAAUGUUUUUUUUAAAUGUUUUUUCCAGUGAAGCAUGACCCGACCCCAUAAAACCUUCACUCAUCACAGUCUAGACUCUCCCCCCCCCCCCCCUGCACAAUUUCCUGCAUUUGCCUGGUAAUUGAAUCGUUAAUAGUGAUUGUAAGCAGUGUUUUACUUAAUGCUUUUAAGUUAAUGGUGUAAUGCUGAGAGAGAAAAGGUUCUUUCUGGGAUAUGUCUAGUUAUAGGUCUGAUUAUAGUGUUGAUCUUUUAAGAAGUGGGUCAGUAAGAAAUAGCUGAGAAAAGAGAUGUAAAGUCAGUCUUUUUUAAUAAAUGUCAUGCUCUGUACUAAAGUGCAAGAUAUUCAUUCAAUAACAGUGUCCAUUAAAGCUCAAGAAUUCUCAUACUUUCUUUUAUAUAUUGGUCAUUUUAGUGGUAUAUCAUUGAAUGAUUAUAAGCUUGAAAUUGAAUUUAGAAUGUAAAGGAUAAAAACAUUUUUGUAAUAUACAUCGAAUUAUGUACUGUUAUUCAUCCCAUUACCUAAUGAUUUGAAUAAAUAUGUCUUAA